CGGGUGCGGGUGUUAAGAGUGUUGGUCACCACCACCACCACCACUUCGAUCCCCGGUCACCCCCCUACUGAAGGAUAGAUAGACCUUACUGUGUGUGUGUGUGUGUGUGCGUGUGUGGAUCGAUAAGUGGCUAGGGCGGUGGAUCGGGGGGCGGAUAGGCACUAACACCAUCCUUCCCUCUCAUCCCUAUGUACGUGGUUGCCAUACAUGAUAGGCCUCCCAACUGGGUAUCAGCACCUGAGUGGCAAGCAGUCAGGGAGCCAGACAUGUGCCUGACUAUCCCUAACGAUGGGCAACUAUCCGCCGAGCUCAACUAUCGGUCAUGAUGGCACUCUGGUAGUGCAAUGAGUGCCGUAUCAGCCAGCAGAGGGAUCUUGUGAUGAAAGUUUAAAUCCUAGUUUGCUUGAAGCCCUGAACUUGGUGGAGGCUCAGUCCUCCGUCCGCUCGCCACGGGACAGACAAGACUGUUGUACACCUACCUACCUGAUAUAUGUGUAAAUAUAUAUAUCUCAAGUCCCCUUUUUGUGAUGCAGAGCUGUGAUAGUGUUGUUUGUGAUAGUUCGGCGCAGGGGAUAGUACACUACCCUGCCACUGCGCUGUUGCUGCAACGUCAAGGGUGUGACGUACGUACGUGCCCUGUACUUGCACCGGAUCCCUCUCUCAGGGUGAAGCAGGAGCCUGGCUCCCCUGGGUGUGGGAGUGAACCUCCCACUCCAGGACCUCCCACACUGGACGACGUUGACCUCCACACCUCCUCCUGCUCUCCGGCCUCCCUACAAGAGCAGAGUUACCAGGCCGCAGACAGCACGCCCACACCCACCACAGCAACACCUACCAAUAAAAACUUCGUCCCAUGCAAAGUCUGCGGAGACAAGGCCUCUGGCUACCACUACGGCGUCACGUCGUGUGAAGGGUGCAAGGGCUUCUUCCGACGCAGCAUCCAGAAACAGAUUGAGUACAGAUGUCUUCGUGACGGCAAGUGUUUGGUGAUAAGACUCAAUCGCAACAGAUGUCAGUACUGUCGGUUUAAGAAGUGUCUUGCUGUCGGGAUGUCCAGAGACUCUGUACGGUAUGGCCGCGUCCCGAAGCGGUCUCGGGAGCGUGAAGGAGAUAGUCGAGCUGAAGGUUCUGAGGUAGUGUCGAGGGAGGUCGAGAACAAGCAGCUGGCUAUCUACGACAUCAUCCUCACCAUCUCCCAGGCACACCAUGCCAACUGCGCCUUCACCGAAGAGAAGACCAGAGCUCUCGUCAGGAAACCUAUCAUAUUUAACACGUCCGAGGUGACGAGUGAUCCUGAGGCAGCCUCCUCCACCAUGGAUGCUUUGGAACAGCAGAAAAUCGGCAUGUGGCAGACCUUCGCUGUCUUCAUGACCCCAUCCAUACAGCGAGUCGUCGAGUUCGCUAAGAGAGUCCCAGGAUUCUCGGAGCUAUCUCAAGACGAUCAGCUUAUUCUGAUCAAGGUGGGUUUCCUGGAGCUGUGGUUGACGCACGUCAGUCGGAUGGUCAGCACCUUAGACAACACACUAACCUUCAGUGACGGCUCCUACGUCACCAGAACCCAGAUGGACAUGAUGUUUGACCAAGACUUCGUGUCAACAGUAUUUAAUUUCGCCAUGACGUUUAACAACCUGAACCUCAACGACACGGAACUGGCACUCUUCACAGCGGUCGUGCUGCUGACUGCCGACAGACCCGGGAUUACCGACAGCAAGGUCAUCGAGCAGCAGCAAGAUAAGAUUAUCGAGGCUCUCAGAGUUCAGGUGGGUCGCAACCACGCCAGCGAGAUGCACUUGUUUCCCAAUGUUGUGAUGAAGAUGCCGGAGCUACGACAGAUCGGGGCUAAACAUCACGAACACCUCAACUGGUUCCGCUCAAACUGGUCAAGACUCAAACUGCCUCCUCUCUUCGCCGAAAUUUUCGACAUUCCCAAGUGUGAAGAGGAUUUAUUAUGAGCGGUGUAUUGUAGGAGUGUAAUUUCGUGAGGUAGUGGACCAAGUGAACUCCAGCCUCAUCUUGGCGUCACUCACAACCAGCGGCUGUCACUCACAACCACCAGCAGCUAUCAUUCACAGCCAACAGCUGUCAAUCACAAAAAAAUCGGCUGUCAUUCAAAGAUUUACAUAAACUCCAAGUACACAAGCAGUGACCACGAAGCUGGCAAGUGGACUGGUCACCGGUACCACAGCUCGGCAUCAUGAGGAUCAACAGCACCUCUGAUUCCUACGAGUACAGCAGCUCCUUAGAAUUUCUGGACCACGAAGAGAAAAAGCACUUUCUCGCGUCAAGAGUAAUGCGGAUGUGUGCCAGUGAAAGAAGCUGCAUCUGUGACAGUUGACACAUUCGAACACCGACUCUCCGCACCCACUUUGCCUAUGGUUAUCUGUUUGUCUUAUGAGAGUCCCGUGGAAUCAUUUAUUCCACUAAUGAAAUGUUAAAUCAUGUGAUUCUCAUGGGCACUGGUAAACGGAAGAUGGCCUUGACGGCAGGUAAAUUUCUUAGGCGGAGACAAGGAAAGGGAUCGAAUAUAGUUGCUGGCGGAUUCAAGGAAUCAACGGCAGUUGUUGAAGGAUUUAAGGAGAGAAAUCGAAGAUAGUUGCUGGCAGAUUCAAGGAAUCAAUGGCAGUUGUUGAAGGAUUCAAGGAGAGAAUUCGAAGAUAAUUGCUGGAGGAUUCGAAGGAACGGAAUCGAAGAUAAAUGCAGGAGGAUUGGUGGAAUUGGAUCGAAGAAUGUUGCUUGCGGAUUUAAGGAAAAGAAUCGAAGAAAACUGGUACUCAGAGAAUUUCCAGACGGUACUGAAGACUCUGGAAUAAAAAACAAGACGAACCAGAGGGGCCAAGAUGUCUCAUGGUGGAGCCUGACGUGUUUCAGCAGAUGUUGUUGUUAUGUGAGAGAAGCAUGGCAGUUGGGUCUUGGAUGAUUCCCUCCCGGAUUAAUGGUUGAGAGUUGCGUCCUCGUAACUAAGUUUUCACUGCCACGUUGCCCCGCGCCAGCGACCCUUGGCACUGGGAUGCCAGUUAUAUCCAAUUGAUUGUGUUACCAAUAUUUAUUACACAUUUGUGUUCUUGGUGGCGUCUAGUGUUCAUCUAGACACCAAGACAAGUGGCAAGACGGAGUGGCAUAGAUGAACAGCAGUCUAGUAAACAUAAUCUGUAUUCCCAGUUUGUUUUACUGACAAUGCCAAUAAACAGGUGGCUAGAAUUAUUUUUAAUAUGACUUUGGAAAAGCUCAAACGCUGGUGUUAAGGCGCGUGAAAAACUGUAAUACAUCUCAUACAAAUUUCCAGCUUUCAUCUUAAAAAUGCGUCUACACGAACGCAAAUAUGUGAGAAAUCUCAGUUUGACUCGGAGUUCACACAGCUGUGUGACUGCUGUCACCUCUGCACAAAGGUGGUGGCGACGCAGUAAUGAAGCUUGAUGUGUAGUGAUGUAGUGAAGCUCUGAAACUCGAGAAUGCCGCAGCUGUUACUGGUACUUAUGGCCAUAGUGUUACUUCUACUGAAACUAUCUCUUUCGCCGCUCCUGCUGACCUCUCUAGCAUCUGUUUAUGCUAUUUUAGCCUAACAUGCUACUGUAUCUCUGUCUCUCUCUACUCAUGUUACUUCACGACUGGAAAAUGCUAAAUCUUCACAAGGACCCUUGUAGACUAUUUACCUCAAUCGACGGCUCAGCACUUGUGUCCACGACACUUGAUGACCUUCAUCACCACCAUACUCUGUGUUCCAUUUCCAGUCAUCGAGGUUCUGAAAAUUUAUUUAUACCUGUAUAAAUAAAUAUAUAUAUAAUGCUUCGCCUUUGUUAUGAGAGUAGUACCAGAAAGCAUGUAGAACGUCAGCAGUGUUUAACCUGAGCAUUGAAAUUGAGCAGAGAUGCAGCUGAAGUUCCGUAGAGGAGCAUCUAGUGACAUUUGUGUAGUGCACAGGUUGUGUGUAGGUCCACGGGUAGCCACCGAGUCUGCAACCCCAAAUGAGUUUGUAGUCACACUCGUUCACUAGUUAUUGGCUUUCAUGAAAUGUCUAGGUCUGGCAGGCUGCCAAAGUCCUGAGUGUAACAAGGCGUUUCUUUGUGAGCAGUAAGGAAACAUUGCUUUUAAUCCGCAGUACAAGGCAAUACACGAGCACAUACAGUUUAAUGCGUCGCCUACGCCAAGAGGGCAGGUCCCAUUGUCGUGAAGGCAUGUUUUCAUAAACGCCUAAAGGAGGUUGUAUGCCACAGGCGUAUUUCCUCAGGGCACUUUGUUCGGCCCCAGAGGUCGGUGAUAUAAAGCAAAAAUUAUAUGAAUGAGGUAGAUUGUCGUUGAUGAUGCGAUAUCUUCCCUGCAGCCGAAGGAAGCGUUGAUGGCUUUGUGAUUGGUCUCAAGUAACAUGAUGUUACUGAGACAAGCCAGAGUUCCUAAUGGCUGGCCAGGUGGAUACGCGACGAGAGACCUUAUGACCUGGCUGUUUCAUUCCUUGUUGCGUCAGUUAUGGAGUAUUGUCUCUCUCUCUCACACACACACACACCUUCAAGUGUACCUUGUUAGCGUACUUCCACUGAAUAUUUCAGUACUGUUAUUUAGAUGAGUGCAAGGGUCUCUCCACACUAAAUCAUUUCAUAAAACUGUGUAAACAUUCCCCAAGCCAACAACACACCUGAGAUAGAUUAUUUUGUUAACUUAAAACAAUGGGUCAGGGUAUUAGGUUGGACUGCGUGUGAUGUGGUCACUGUGCAUCACCUCUCAGAUGAUCGCUAAUGGGAUAUGGAUUUUUUUUUUUUUUUGGGUGUGUGUAGAUUUUUUGGUAGUGUUUUAGAAUUACUGAUGAUUCCUCCAGCUAUGCUGGUGCCCAUCACCGCAGUCUGGCCAAGAACCUACAUUAUUUAUACUUGUUAAUCAGGUGGUGAGUGGCCACCCCCGAAUUCUGAGUUACCGCUCGAGAUGGAGUAAAGCUUCGCAUGGGCCAGUAGGCCUUCUGCAGUGUUCCUCCAUUCUUAUGUUCUUAUUUAUCUAGACAACAAGCUUCCCGUGAUCUUUCAGUGACCACUCAGCGGGGACUUCAGACUUCAGGCAAAGGUCGAGUACACGCCUCAAAGGGUAAAAAUGGACUCGGGAACGGUAGGGGCAGUGUUUCCAAGCUGUUCUCUGCUCUAACAAGGCAAUCAGUGGCUCUAACGUAGUAUAGAUAGACAUACAUCGCGUCUAUUAUUCCGUUUACACAGUACUGCAUUAGAAUUAAGCAUAUGCAAAGAUAAAUGUUUAGGUUCUGAGUCGCUGUCAGGACAAUUCGUUAGAACGGCGGCCAGCUUGGGAUGGCUGCCCCCUCGUCGCCCCCCACCCCCCCCUCCCACAUACUGCCAGAACUUGCAGUCUUCCCGUAUAUUAAUUGAUGGCCACAAAAAGGGUAUAAAUAUGGCUCAUAAAAUGUGCCCCGAUUUAUGUACAUCUUUUACGUCUCUGCGAAAGAAAGAAAUUUUUACCCUUUUGCUAAGUCAAAUUUAGCGUUCCAAAAAUAUAAUAGGUAAGAUUAAAAAAAAAAAAAGUGAGAAUACGAAUUUACAAGAAUUCUGAUUUUUGUACUGAAUGAAUAAAAAAAAUCAGUUAGUAAACCUGUAAAUUGCUAGAAAACGUUACGAAAUUUUUUUUGUUUUCUUAAAUUUAAGAAAAGAAAUUGUUUUUCGUAACGUUUUCUUAAAUUUAACGGGUUCUAAAGGUCACUUGCUUUUAUUGGGUACAGUUUUUUUCCUUCGAGCGUCUUUGUGACUGUCUAAUGGGCAUUAAACACUAUGAAAUAACUCGUGGCAUUAUGAAAAAGGCAUCUUAAAAUCUAGGGCUUAAAACGAAAAAAAAAAAAAUACCAACAAACAGGGACACUGCAACCUUCUGUCUUUGGAGUAGCUCAAAUGAAUUAUAAAUAAUAUAUGACUAGCUGUUACGUUGUUACCAGGUGUAAAUAUGGACUCCCUUAGGUUUCCCUCCGUACAUAACAAAAAAAAAUAUGUGAAAAAUAAAGAAAAAAGCCUUCUUAUCUUUUCCCCUCUGAGAAUACUCUCCUAUUCCAGAGGGAUGAGCAGACGACGCAGGUAAGCAGCCACACUUGGAUGGUCGAACCAUGAUACUGAUAAGCGUGAGGUUCGACCAUCCAUCCCCCAUAUUGGAUGUCUGCGUCUUCUGCGAUCUGCGGAGCUUUACCAGAUGGCGUGCGUUCGCUAGUGUCGGCAGAAUUAGACAGCUUCUAGACUCUAACAAAGAUAGAAAUUAGAUGUUAGCCUUAAAAAAAACACGUGAUACAGUUUUAUUUAUUCUUGAUUUAAUCAGGUUAAAAUAUAUAUAGAUAUAUACAUAUGCGAAUAUUACUAAAUAAAAGCAAAAACAGUGAUGAUUACCUCACAAGUCUAAAGAGAAGCGAAAUUGUUUGAAGCGACGUGGACGCGGCCAUGACUUUUGUUACUGUUAAUACAUCUUCAUUCCCACUGAUAUUAUGUUCUUUGUAACCUUGUAAGCGAUGUGAA